AUGGAUGAUUUAGCUCUCCUUGACCUGCUGGAGUGCCCUGUGUGCUUUGAGAAGCUUGACGCCACCGCCAAGGUGCUCCCCUGCCAGCACACAUUCUGCAAGCCCUGUCUGCAGAGGAUCCUGAAAUCCCAGAAGGAGCUCAGGUGCCCCGAGUGCAGGACCCUGGUGCUCUGCAGCAUCGAGCAGCUGCCCUCCAACCUGCUCCUCAUUCGCCUCCUGGAUGGCGUCAGGUGUGGACAGAACGUGGCCAGGUUUGGCUCCAUCCAGAGGACGGGGCUCCUGUCAUCCCCUGCCUCCAUCAGGAGAGUCCCCAGGGGGCUGCAACUCCAUCAGCACCGGCUGGCGACAAAUCCCAGGCUCCACAUGGAAGGGGUCCCGCGAGCCAAGGCCCUGUACACGUACCGAGGGCACAACCCCGGGGAGCUGCGGUUCAACAAGGGGGACAUCAUCGUGCUGCUCCGGCAGCUGGACGAGAACUGGUACCUGGGGGAGGUGAACGGCAUCAGUGGCGUGUUCCCAGCCAGCUCCGUGCAAGUGAUCAAGCACCUGCCCCUGCCCGUGCCCCUCAGCAGGGCGCUCGGCGGCUUCGACACCAGGGGCAGGGACAGGACUGAAAACAAGGAGAGCCUGACCCUGCAUAAGCCAAACACCACUGCAAGGCAGCUCCUGCAGACCAGCAAAAGCCACUGGUCCCCCCAGUUUAAGUGCACGUCCCUACGAACGGCAUCUCCCAAAGCCAAGGGUGGGGAUUCUCCAGCUUUCCCCAAGGUGCCCGACUCCCGGCGGAAGAGCCUGCGGCAGUUCUCCAUCACCACCGCCCUCAACACCCUCAACCGCAUGGUCCACUCGCCCGAGAGGCAAGCGCUGGAGAUCAGCUCCCCUGUGCUCAUCAGCUCCAGCAACCCCACCGUGGCCACGAAGAGCAGCGAGAAAGCGGAGCUUCCCUACAGCACCCCCAUCCAGGUCAGUGCAUCCUACUACCCUGUGCCAGGAUCGCUGGGGCACUCAGCAGCCAUCGUCACUCUUCCCCAUCUGCAGCACCACAUAUCAGCCUAUAUGUGCGUGGCUCUCCAUUCCUACGCGGCUCACGGGCCAGAUGAGCUGGAGCUGCAGAAGGGAGAAGGGGUCCGUGUCUUUGGGAAGGACCACGAUGGAUGGCUGCGGGGCAUGUCCCUUGUCACCGGGAGAGCAGGCGUCUUCCCCAGCAACUACGUCGCUCCCCUCUUCAGGAAACCGAACCUCUCCGACUCGAAGAUGCCUUCCCUGUACGCCACGUGGACGCUGUCGACCUCCUCGCUGUCCUCGCAGGGCAGCGCCCCCGAGCACGGCGCCAGGCAGAGCCGGCCGCUGAAGCCGGCGCUGCUGCCCGUGCCCGUGCCCUCGCCCGGGAGGAGCGCGGCCGCCGCGGGACCGGCACCGCUGCGGCGCGGCCGCGGCAGCGCGAGGAAGAACGGAUCCCUGCAGAGGCCAGGGCAGGCUGGGACCCCCGUCCAUGUUGCUGGCUCCCUCCGGCGUCCGCUCACCACGGUGUUGCGGCCUCAGCAGAUUCAGCUCUACCAGCACCUCAGCCCCGCGCCACAGAGCAUCACCCCCAGCGCCGGCGCGGCCGAGGCAGGAGCGAGGACAAACUUCUCCCACGACGCGUCCCCGGUGCUCGUGGUCAGAGGAGGGGAAAGCAGAACCCCCUCCGUGUGCAGCUCCGUGGUCCUGGAUGCCAAAGAUCCCCCAGCAAAGAGCGAGGCAGCCCCCAAGCCGCCCGCGUCGGCCCCGCCGUCCAUCCUGGUGAAGCCCGAAACCUCCCGCAACAGCGCCGAGAAGCAAGUGAAGACGGUGAGGUUCCAGAACCACAGCCCACCACCACCCAAGCGGCACAGCCUGCAGCCGUCCCCGAGCCUGCUCCGCAGCAGGACGGAGCCGCUGGCCGAGGCUGUGGCACCGGAGGCCGGGCUGGCGGGCCCCGAGCUGGCCGUGCUCUACUCGCCCAGGCCCAGCGCCAGCCCCCUGCCCCAGCGGCGGGCGCUGCACCCCAAGGCGCUGUCGCUGGACCUCUCGGGGCAGCUCACCUUCCCCAUCAGGAAGAGCUACAGCAGCGUGUCUGCCAACUGAGGGUGACUCCGCUCUGCCUCCCUCACACUCCUGCGCCUCUCCCUGCUCCUGCGAGGGGCGAGCACCCCGCACCCGCAGCAGCCUGCCACCACCGCAGGUAUUCCCUGUGUCCCCAACACCUCCCACCACCAGCACCCUCAGCACCCACCGCUCUGAGGCUGCAGAGAACUGGGGUUGCUCCCGAGGGAGCAGGACAGGACAGGACAGGACAACACCUAUCCCUGCCUGGGAGAGCCCUGUCCUGGCCCGGCCGAGGUGGGUUUGUGGCAUCCACAAGACUGAUGUUCUCUGGUGUCCUGUGAGGCUGCCAACAGCAGCAGAGGAGGAGCGGGAGGGGGAAGAGCACGUGUGGGAAUCAGGAAUAGUUCAGCUUGUUUUGAUCUCCUCCCUGCUGCAGGGAAGCCCACAGAGAUCAAAACACUGGUUCAUUACCCUCCUGCUUCUGCAGGGUAAAGAAACCAUAAAUCACGAUCAGUCAGCUCCUGGCUAAUGGUUUGUGUUGCCUUUUGAGGGGGAGUCACGCAGAUUAUUUUUUUAUGUUGGUUGGUUGCUUUUCUGUUUGAUUUUAGUCCAGGACUUUUAACCAGAAUACAGUUUAAAAGGUGAUUUGGAGAGGAAAGGGACAAUGAAAGGGACAUGCCAUGACCGCAGUCAAGAUUCUGCAGACAGGGGUAUUGAAUCUUGCUUCUCCUCAUUGCCUGGUCUCCUCUAACUACCCAUCAGCUACCUCCUAGUAGUCCACAAGCUCCCUCCAACUCCUUCCCAUUCCAAUAUUGCUUUUGUAAAUAUCCUAAGGGGAAUUCAUGGGUUCAAGGCUACAUUAAGAUGCAUGAAACACCGUGUGACAGAGCAGAACCCAGCACUGGCCACACCGCAGCCCAGCCUCUGCCACCGCAGCACCAGCUCCGGUGUUCAGCCGGCCCCAGUUCAAGCCUCCCCGUGUGAGCCCCGGGGACACAGGGCCCAGCUGGCACUGCCCCCAGCAAACCCCACACAGCAGCUCCUGGGGUUCAGAAUCGGGUUUAUUGCCUGUUUCUAGACCAGCAAUUCCUGCCCUCGCUGCGACCACCGACCGCUCCAUCCCCAAACUUGCGGCUGUGCAUCAUCCAAACCUGCUGUAAAAUCACAUCCGCAGCUGACAGCACACAGUUAACUCCACUGGCCAACAGAAAUGCUCCAAGGCACUGGCACAGCCCCAGAGAAGGACAUUUUCUUCUGGAACUGAGAAAAGGGAACACGUAAAAUCAUUUCCUGGUCUACAGCCCUUUUUCUGUCUGUGGAGCAGGAAGCUGGCAUCUGGCUGCAGGGAUUUGCAGUAGCACAGAAACCACCAGAGGCACAGAUAAGCUCUUACCUUGUGCUCCCAGCAAACUGAAAAUGUGCAGCUUGCCCAGGUAUAAAAGGUGGUGCCAGUUUCAAAUCAGAGAGUGAACAUGGCUGUCAGCAGUGCCACCUCAGAGACAGUUGAACAUCUCGGAGAAGACACACCACUUCUUUGCUGAAGACACCUCUCUAAACCAGAGGACCACAUCAGUUGGUUCUGUAACCAAGAUCAUCCACUUCUGCCAAGCACAUUGAGAAAUAAAGAGAAUUGCAUUAGGUAUGUCCAGGACCAGCUCAUGCAGUCAUUUCUAGCGUUGGUUUGGAGGGGACAGAGAGGCUGCCUGCCCACGCCUGCUCCAGAUGUGAUCAUUGUCUGUGUGCUAACAAGAGGAUGAACAGCUCCACGUCCCUGGAGAGCCAGGGACGAGGCAAGCAGCCAGGGACCGGCUCCGGCCCGAGACCUCCCCGUGUUAGUGGCCAUUAACCCUGCCCUGCGGGGCCCCGGUGCCCGUCCCAUCAGGAGCUCAGGAGGAGAUUCCUCACGACCAGGGAGCAACCAGGGACUGCCGUGCUCGGGAUGUUGCUCAGUGCAGUCUGCACACAGAGAGGCAGCUGAAGACGAGGGGCAAGAAGAAAAUGACGCCCCGUCACUCACCGGGGUGAGAGGGAUGUGACUGAAGGAAGUCACCGUGUGAAUGUACCCACCAGCGCAGCAGGGUUUCACAUGGGAAGCAGGCGUGUGGGGCCAGGCAGUGAGGAAGGAUUUGAAGUUCAGUUUGGUGCUGCAAAAUGAAAGUCUCACAGAGCAGCAGAGGCGACUGCAGCUCUGUUUCUCACACCUCGGUCCUGCCAAAGCCCAAAUACAAGGAGAAACAGCAGCUUCUUCAGCCCCAUUUACCAAAUGGACACAGUAGGCAUCAGGGGACACCAGGAACAUCAGGAAAAGCUAAAGGUGCUCAGCAUGCCUUAAGGCUUAACAAGCCAUAGAGUCUUUCUGCACAUCUCUCUGGGUUCCGACAGCCAGAUUCUGCUCACAUGAUGGGUUCAGAACAUUGCUUUCAUGGAACAAAGCCACUCUCUAUCCUCUCAUAGCAAGAUAAACAGCAAUAAUGCUUCACAUCACCCAUACAGAACCACUCAGCUCACGACACGAUACUGAAGUCGUAAGACAAAUACACCACAAAUCAUCACAAAUCUCUCCUGGGCUUGGCCCCUGACCCGCUGCACUGUGACGAGUGACAGCGUUGGGCUGAUGGGGACAGAGAAAGCUCCAGCACUCGUGUGCACACAGAGUCAUGGGCAAUGGCGGGGAAAGGGAGCACUCAGAGCGAAACCAGUGCUUUGGUAAAAGAGCAGGCAGCUAUUUUGGGACAGAUGUCUCAGUUCCUUGCACAGGAUAUUUCAGUGCUUUGAUGCUAUGGUGAUAAGUGCCCUAAAUAUAUUCAAAAUAUGUAGGGAGAGAGAACUGAAAACAAGGCAUAUUUUAAAGCAACAGCUCUAAUAAGCAUCUGGUUCCCAUAGCCAUACCUGCCCACGGGUUUCAUACUGCAGCCCCCUGAGCAAAACUGCCAAGUCCUCCUCACCUCCUCCCCUGGCAACACCUAGGAGGAAGCAUCUGGACCAUGUUAACUUCACCAGGAACAUCCCAAGGAAGAGGGACUAGAACUCAGACCUUCUGCUUCCAAAAGCCCAGGCUAAAGCAGGACCUCCUUGAACUGCCCCGGAGCUUUGACACUGAGCAAGGCAGUGCCCAACGAGUGGCCCCUGUCUACAUGGAGAAGCCAACAUCCACUGGGUCUGUCAGGAGCAAUUCUCCAAAUGCACCAGACUAAACCCCUCUGUUCUGGAACAGUCACUCCAACCACCUUUACUCUGCAAGCAGCAUCAGCCCACCGGCUU